AUAAGAUUAUUGAAAUGUUAUAUCAAAAUUAUAUUGGCGUAAAUUUUAUUGCAAAUCGGGCUGCUACAAGGAUAUCCAUUUAAAGGCUGCCUCUAUGACUUUUAUUUGUCGGUCGUUCUGCUAUUGUGACGUUUGCCAACGCAUAUAUAAAAGGAGGAAUCUUACUCAAUACAACGAAAAUAAUAAACAUUAACAUCUAUAACUUGGACUUAAGGAUAAAUACAAAUCCGUUACAAUGAAUUUUUACCUUCAAAUUCUUCUGUUUUUCACAAUAAUAGCACUAGCCUCAUCACAAACUUUUAGAAGAUUCAGAGCAAUACCAAGAAGAACAGCAAAUAGAUAUAUCCAAAGCAGAAGAUCAUCAUCACCGUUACUGGGAGGUUACUCACCUUUUCCACAAUUUGAUUUAGACUUUUUCUCUCAACCAGUUGGUAGUUCACAACCGAUAAUAUUUACUGGAGAUGCACCAGAUAUAGAUAUGCCUGAUGUUUAUAAUCCAUAUGAGCAUCUAUCUGAUAUUGAUGGGGUAGAAUACAUGCAUCCAGGAUACGUAGGAGGUGGCUACAGAGCCAUACAACCAAUGUAUGGAUACUAUACAGGGUAACCAUAAGAAUAAUGCAGAGAAGGAGACCAUAUACAAGAAGCUACAAACAACAAUGACUUGCUAUACAAUGUUAACAUAAUAUAUAUUGUCAUUGUUUCCCAGUCCAUAAAUUAUUUGAUACGUAAUACUAGACUCAGUGUAUUUGUCUUGUCAUAUUUAAAUAAUAAAAUGUUCAAUGUGUUA